AUGUCGUCGAGCAGUCCGGAACGCAGCGCCAAGCGCCAAAAGGCCAAUGUCGCUUCCGACUCGUCUCAUACCUCUUCCGAGACUGAUCAAGCUGCCGUAGGCCCCUCGAUCAGCGCUCUACAGACCAUGCUUCACGAGCACCAAGAAGACUUUCGUGGGAGAAUGCUGAAAAAGCUACACGAUCUAGGCUUCCCUUCCCCCCAAAUUUUUCUCGUACCUGCCAUCUUGGAAGGUCAGCCAAUCAACAGGCGAUACGGUAUGUCAGAUCGGGCGCACAGCGCUCGAAAGGGGCCACACAAGGCUGACUCCUUUGUCCACACAGGCAUCCCUCGCAACCAAAGACCCAACGUGGCACUCCAUGCUGCUGUAGCUGAAGAGCAUGAGUUCUUCCACGACAUGCUACACUCUGGGUUUUCUGAGACCGAGGCACUUCGGGCCAACAAAGUAUGUGCUCUGCGUAGGACUACAUCGGCUAGCUUCAGUGACUCACCGAGCGCGGGCCCACAGACCAUGUAUGUGGAGCUGGACACAGAUUUCAGCGGGGUAGAAGCACUGGGACAGUACUUCGUAGGUCGCCUUGCUGAGAUCAGCGCGUCAGCUGCGUCAGACGCUCACCAGGUCUUAAGGGUUUUCGAUGCUCUCAGUUCACCAAAGAUACCCAAGCUUUAGUGGGUCAAGCUGCUUCCCGAAGAGCUCUUCCACUUCUUUACAACGUCGCUCGCCAGGUCAGUCUAUUACGAGAAGUUUAGAUUGGACGACAUGCAUCUAGUACUAAUGACUGCGUCCCCUCUAACGCUUAGAUUUUGGACAACGGACUCGCGCGAGCUGCUCUUUCGGCGUAUGCGAGAGUGGUGGACGAGGAAGGUGACACACUUCAAAAGUUGGCGGACCCUUCUAUUGUCAGACACGGCGAGCUUGCCUACGUGACAGCAAGAGCGACAUUCAUGGCAAGUUUUACAUGACGUGUACCUCAAUACUACGUAUAUGCUGACAUCCUUGGCCCAUUUAGGAUCGACGCUCCAGAACCAGCGGCGGCGAGCUAGCCAAAAUCGUUGGCCGUCUCGAAAUGGAGCAAGACGCCAUGCAAGUGAGGUCGGAAGUUAGCACUGCGUUGGAAAAGGGCUGCUCAAGCCUCGAGAAUGGAACAUUGGGUCAGAGCGAAGCCAUUCGUGCUUUGUUGACCGCAAGCGUAUGGUUCAUACUAAAAACGUUGAAUCCGCCUGAGGAGAUGUGUCCUGUGGUCAAAGGCCAUCCGCACAGGUGGAACUACUCUUCAGGAGGGCAAACAUGCAGGUUCUGCAAAGUCUUUCAGAUUGCGCCAUCAACGCUCUUGCGCAACGAAGCACUAGAUCAGGUCCUCAAGGACGUCCUCAAGCCGCUUGACGAACUUCUGCCGAAGUUUGGCUGA